UGUAUCAUGCUGCAUUAUCUCCUAUGAGUCAACAGUGUGUCUGUGGACUGAUAAAGUGUGGCGAUGGCAGGCUGGGCAGUAUUGAUUUACAGAGCCAUUAGACUAAUGGUUGACCGAACAGCCCACCAACAGCAUGGCAGCAGCACCAGCGGGUGGCCCCCAACCAGCAGAACUCCGAGAGACACGGGAAGGAACCUCAGCAGGAUUUCUGUUUGCACCGUUUCAACAAGGGUUUAGAGGAUCAUAUCUGAUGAGAUCGACAUCUCUCAGGGCCUAAAAGAGAACAAGCUUGUGUAUGCAUUCCACUGCCAGAAAGCCGUCACUCCCAGCUUGCUGCCAUCUAAAUGGCCUACGCCAUCAUUGCCAACGUGUCGGAGAAGUGGCUGGACGGCAUGGAGGGCGAGCGCAUGGAGCUCUUCCUCAUCCCCGCUGUGCUGUUGACCCUGGGCACGCUGCUGCUGGACCCCCUGCUGGUGACCUGCAUCCUGUGGUCGCCGGCGCUGCGGCAGGAGACCCGCUAUCUGCUGCUGGCCAACACGCUGGCGGCCGACGUGGCCUUCGCCUGCGUCAACAUGGCCAUGGUGACAUGCGCGGUGCUGCGCGUAGCCUUGCUGCGCGUGGCCUGCGAGGUGGCGCUGUCCGCCACUGUCACGGCCUACUGCUGUGCCGUGCUGGGCGUCACCUCCAUGGUGGUGGACACGUACGUGGCCGUGCGCUGGCCACUGCACUACGACAGCCUCCUGACGCCGACGCGCGCCCGCAAGAUCUCGGCGGCCCUCUGGCUGCUGGCCGCCUUGUACCCGCUCUCGCUGGUCAUCAUCCUGGAGCUGCUGGAGGACAACGCGCCCCGUCAGCUGCCCCUCUGCCUGGUGCUCAUCACCGUGGGCGCGCUGGGCAAGGAGAUGAUGGUGGGCGUGCACAUGUACUUCACCAUCGGCGCCGCGCUCUGCUUCCUGCUCAUCGUCUACUGCUACGCGCGGCUCUGCGUCACGCGCCACUCGGGCAUCUGGCACCAGCGUUACUCGCGCGCGCGCCUCACGAUGCUGGCGCACGGCACGCUGCUGCUGCUCUACUUCGUGCCGGGCCUGGUGUUCAUCGUGGAGCUGGCGCUGUUCGAGAGGCACCAGAUGGAGGGCCAGGCCAGCGUGUGGGUGAACAUGGUCAACAUGAGCGUGUUCAUGCUGCUGCCGCGGGCCUGCGCUCCGCUCCUCUACGGCCUGCGCUACCGCGAGAUCUACACCAUGCUCAAGCAGUUGCUGUUCAAGAGGCGCCAGCUUAGCCAGGUCAGCACGGUGUCCUAACCAGACACACACACACACACACACACACACACACACACACUGAACUGCCUCUCCUUGAACCCAUACUCAUAUGAUUCAUGAUGUUUGGGC